GAAAUGGAAAGCUACAAUUGAAAGCAGUCGACACGAAGAACACAGAUGAAUGGCAAACGUGAACGAACAAUCGAUGGGUCGAAAGGGAGCACGAAGGUUCGUCGCUCGACUCGCAAUCGGUGAUGGCCUCCGGGGUUCGACUAGACUGAAGAAGGAGAAGGAUCGAAGCAGCGAGGCGGCUGUGACCUCGGACGAGAAGGAAGAGACGAAGCAGCGGGGCUGCUCGUCUUCUGUCUUGGAAGUAGUUGCAAAGGGGAAAGAGGUCCGAAGGGGGUCUAGGAGGCGUCGCGAGCAGCAGCAGCGACGAUGACGGGGUGUUCGGUGGGUUUGCUCGAGGGGAGGGGGAAGAGGAGGGUACGAGGGUUCGGUCGUCGGUCUCGGUGGUGCUGCGAUGACGCUAGUUAGAGACCGGUGGUUUCAAGUUUUCUGUCGUAUGGGUGGUGGAGGGGAGUUCGAUCGUGGCUGUUUGUUGAUUCGGGAAACGCAGCAGCUAUCAACACAGGGGAAGAGGGGAAGGAUUCAAUGGUUUUUCUGCUGUGAAUUUGAUGGGAAGGAAGAAUCCAUUUGUUUUUGGCUGGGAAUGAAGAUGCAAGCAGAUACAAAGGAUCGAUCAAUUUUUACUGUAAGGGUUCAAUUGUUGUUGGAUUGUUUGUGAAUCAGUAGUUGAUGAGUAGAAGCAAUACCACACAGUGUUUUCCACAUACAUGUGUGGGAGCAGUACUACAGGUGAAUGUAAAACGUGGGAAGGAAAGAAAACAGUGGAGUGCAAGAAUUCAUUUCCUUUUGAGUGUUUCUUUGUAUAAAAUGAUACAAAUGAAACUCGGAAGAAACUAUUACCUUGCCUGUCAAAUUUUGUUUAUUUUUGGUUAAUCUUGUAAACAUUCUAUUAGUUCAAUAAGUAUGCAUUUUAUGUGUAUUGAUGUAUUGAUUUAAUUGGGUAUGUAUUUGUGUGUAUUUGUUUGAUUUGGUAUGU